GUGGGGAGGGGCAGGUAGCAGAAGGCAGAGGUGGCUGAGAAGGAGGGGAGACAGGAGCUGCGUGGCUCCUCUAUGCAUCUUUUGUUGUAGCAAGCAGGAGGUGAGACGAGGAGGCUCCUCAGCAUGGCCGAGAGCUCGCCAGCGUGCAAGCAAGUGGCGAUGAUGGCAUGGACUGGGCAACUGUAGGAGCAGCUGCCCCCUUCCUCCCAGCCUUGGUACCACCGGCUGACCCCGGAGAGCCACACGAGGCACCACCAUUUGCAAGUAAGUUGCCUUCCUUUCUCUCGCUCUUGACUUAUUUCUCUCUCUCUCUCUUCCUUUGGCUGAGGAGGGGCUGGGAAGUUCUCAGAGCAGGCAAGUGGCAGCCGUUUGGGGAAAGGGAGAAGCCCAGGAGAGGACAAUCCUACCCACACAGCUCCCUGCUUGCCUGAGGACAUCUGGGGAACCCGUAAAAGCAAGCUAAGUUUCGGGUGGGUGGGUGGGUGGGUGUGGGGAGUUCUGCUCCAUUGUGGAAACUAGCAGGGCCCAAAUGAUGCAAAAGUAUCACGAAGUUGUUUCGGAUGCUGGCCCUGUGUAUGUGUGUGUGUGGCAAGGAGGGCAAAUUAACAAGGAGGGUCCAAUGAAGAAAGAUGGGUUUGGAACUAAACCACUGUGUAGUUGGAAAUGCACCCUGGAGGCACCCAUUUCAGCCUCAGAAAUGUUGCGUUUUAAGAAAAGGAGAUUGUAAAGAACAGCAGGGACUUGUUAGCACAAGGUGUGACAAUGCCCAGUAGUAGUCAGGAAUGAGGAGAGUUGUAGCCCAACAACAUUUCGAGAGUGCCAGGUUGCAGAAGGCUGGAUCAGAUGAGUCUCGGAGGAUAGCUAAGGGGAAUCUCCGGGUGCCGUAUAUGCUUUGAAUACAAAGUGCUUAUGACAUUCAGUGGGGAGAAGCAUCACCUUUGUGCCCUGCCUAUGGGGCAGAGUUGGAACCAGACUCCGAGCCCUGGGCAAUGUUGGCAGGAUCCAGCAGGGCUCUGCUUUUCUGCUAGCAUAAGAGAUGAUUUGGGAACUAACUGCUUAAUAAUAAUAAUAAUAAUUCAACUUGUUCAUUGCUUGCUACCUAAGAAGGUCUCCAAGUGACUUCCAUUUCAAAACAAACAUGCAUCUCGCUCCAACAAUCCGACUGAUCCCAUGGAUGAAGUGGAUUGGAAAAAGUGUUGGGAACAUAGAGUGUGUGUGUUUGAAGUGAGCAGAUGGGUGUCAGAGGCAGUGGGAGCCAUUGUGAUCUCACAGGACUACAGGAUGUGAGUUGGAAAGACCUGGAUUCAAACCCCCUUCAGCCAAGGACUCAUCAGGAGGCCUGUAACUGAGCUCCCAUGAUGGCAGCUGGCACCACGUUGGGGUUCCAGGAAGGGCUUUCCUUACAUUCCUUCCUCCCAAGCUCUCCUGAGAACUCACCUUUCCCAGGAUGCCUUUGGUUUAGCCCAACCUGGUGCCCUCUGGUGUUUGGGGCUACAGCUGCCAUCAGCUCCCUUGCUGGCUGGGGCUGGUGGGAAGUGCAGUCUGAAACAUCUGGAGGGCCUCAGGUUGGGGAAGGAAGGCUGCUGAACUGAAGUCUAAACCCAUGUCCACAUUCUUCGCUCAUAUUUAUCCCAGGAGAUUUUUGUUUCGCUCCUUCGUCUUUUCCUUCCCUCUUUUUUUCCUUCCCCACAAGGGACCAAACUUAGAUGAGGUGGCAGCAGUCCUGUUUCAUUAAACCAGUAGUGUAUAAAAGGGGGAGUUCCAAUUUUUAGAGGGGGGAGGGAUCCAAGAUCAAGGGAGCUGAGCCCGCCCCCCAUUCCCUUCCCCAAAGAUUCCCAGCUAACUAUAGGUCUUCCAGGUGAGGCUCAGAGCUCAGCUGAGAAGCAGGGGAGGUAGCACAGGAGCCAGCUGCUAGGGGUGGAGGUCUCUUUGCCCCCCCAUAAAAUAUUUGAGGGGGCCAGGGCCCCCAAAGUUGAUGGGCAUUGUCAUUCAAAUGGUGUGCGUGUGCCACAUCCUGUGGGAUGGGGCUUACCUGGGAACUCUACAUUGUUAAGGGUGCUGGGAAUUGUAGCUCAGUGUACAGUUCCCAGAAUUGUUUGGGGAAAGCCAUAUGCUUUAAAUAUAUGCUGCACAUGCAGCCAUUGUGACUGGAGAAGACCCAGUUAUCAUAUCUAGUAUGUCUUUGCCUAGACUUUGAUUGCAAGCUUUUAGGGGCAGGGAUUUCUCAUUUUGGGGGUGGUCAUGUCAUGCUAUGCAUCAAUACCACUAAACACUCCUUCUUGCUGUUGAUGUUCACAAAGACAAAUGAAAAAGUCAUUUUGUUAAAUUCCAGCAAGACCUAGUCGUGCGGACAAACAAUGUCACCGUUCAGGCCAUCUAAACUUCCCGCUGCUGCAGAAGUCACUCUCUCCCUGGCAAAACUGAGUCCAAUAAACUGACUGCAAGCCAGUGAAGUUUGAAUCAACCUGAGCCAGAGGUCAGUGCUGGCACGACGCCACUGGACCUGGCUCGACUGGGCUGGCAUAUGCUAGGAACUUAAGGGCAAAACUCUGUCCUGUGUGCUCAAUAUAGAGACAGGAGCUGAUGCCUCCCACCUCCGACACCUGGCCAGUGAAGGAGGCGGGGCCUGGGUGCCCGCUGUCUCCCAGCAGAGGGCAAGGUAAGCUCACCAGUGGGCGAUCCCCAAGGACAUUCUACUGUGCAAGUCCUGCUGAAAUGAAUGAAAGACCUGAGCAGGUUGCAUUUGGUGCAAUGAGGCUUGUGCAGGAAAAUAUCCUAAUGGAUUGUGAAUGUGUAUGGAUGCAGAAGGGGGGUCACUUCAGGCCAGGCGAGUGGGACUUGCUUCAGCCCAGGAACUGCAUUCCCUUAUGGAAGGGGGUGUGGUGGAAGAUGCAUGCCUGUGGCUGCAGGAUCCAAAGGCAAAAACAGGCAGAUGCAACUUUCAUCUUUGUGUGUGAUGCUGCAAUCCAGCUGUGCAAAACCAGAGGUUUCUUUCUACAGAGAGAGAGAGAGAGAGAGAGAGAGAGAGAGAGAGAGAGACCAUCUCCAGGACAAAGGAUGGUGCAAAGAAAGGUCAGAGAGAGGUGUGGCUUAGGUAGAGGGCGUGGCCUGAAGAAAGUUCCCAGAGUUCAAUGGAGAGACUGUAGGGUGGGGCACAUUUGGCCCCCAGGUCUGAAGCUCCCAACCCCUGCUUUAGGUUGUUCCAUUUUCCCUCUGGAGACCUGAAUCCGCUCCAGUGGACCUUUUACAUUCUGCAUCCUUGAAAAGUGACCAACCAGAUGUCCCAUUUGGAAACCAGCAAGCAGGAUUCAAGCACAAGAGCUCUCUCUCUCUCUCUCUCUCUCUCUCUCCUCCCAUGGUUUCCAGCAACUGGAAUGCAGAAGCUUUAUGGCCUCCACCUGUGAAGGCAUAGCAUAGCCACGAUGGUUAGUAGCCAUCAAUAGGCUUCUCCUCCAUGACUUGGCCUAAUCCUCAUUUAAAGACAUCUAGGUUAUUGGUCAUCACUGCCUCCCAAGGGAGGGAAUUCCAUAGUUUCACUAUGCCUUGCCUGAAGAAGUCAUUUCCAUUUCUUCAAAUAGGAUGCCCCUAUUUUAAUCGGAGAAAUGUUUGAUGGUAUGAUAAUAGUGAAUGGGAUUGGUAAGUGACAGGUGUUAAAUCUCAGCCUUACCUUUUGCAAUAUUUAGCGAAGGGGCAAAGGGAAGAAUCAUUUGUGGUUAAUUUGAUGGCCACACAGAAGAAAACCUGUCACCAGAAUUCCCGCCCCCCAACCCCCGUGUGUGUGUGUGUGUGUGUGUGUGUGUGAGAGAGAGAGAGAGAGAGAGAGAGAGAGAGAGAAUUAGUGACGUCCUGGGAGUGGUUUGCACAUCACUUGAUUUUUCUGUGCUUAAUAAAUGCAACUCCAGGGAUGAAUGAAAACUGCACUGGGCAUGGUGAUUCUGAGGUGAGACAGGAGUUUUUUCUCUGUUUGUAUUAUAAUCCCUGUUGGCGCAAGCCAUAGUUGCGGCAGUUGUGGAGUGACAGAUGGGGCAACCAGUAUGAUCCAGAUGUUUUGGAUGACAGUUCCCAUUAUGCCUGACCAUUGGCCAUGUUAGAUGAGGUUGGCCCCCCUUGGCCUGCGUUCACUUGCAGUGGAUCUUGAGCUUUCAGGCUGUGUGUGUGUGUGUCUCCAAGCCAUACCUGGAGAUGUCAGGGAUUGAACCUGUGACCUUCUGCAUGCAAAGCAGAUGUUCUGCCCCUAAGAUUCAGGGCCUCCCCAGUCCCAUAAUCCAAUGAUCUGGCUGAUAAUUCCAUUCAUGAGAUUCUGUGCCCUUAACUCCCUUGGAACAAGAAUUGACAGUCUCCUUAUUAUUGCAUCCUCCCCGUUCUUUGAAAAGAUUUCUUCCUGGUCUAUGAUUUUGUUUUAAUUAUACCCCUAAUGUGUAAACAGUGAGAUGGCAUCAAUCAGCAAGUGCGCUGCAAAUAUUGAUGUACGGGGGCGAGCAGAUGCAGAUUUGGGGAGCUUUGCAUUGCCAUUCUGAUACUGAGAACCUUGGAUUUGGAACUAAUUAAACUCUACAGAGGGCAGGUCAAGUAGCUGGCCUCAUUAUUCUGGCUGGAUCUCUGUCUGGUUUAUAUAGAGAAAAGCAUUUGUUAAUUACUGCACUUGGUAGCACCACUAACACUGGCAUUUAUGCUUAGAAAUGGUAAUAUUGGAGUUUCUCACUUUAACUCUUCCACUACCAUCGCUGCCGCCGCUGCCAGUCAGCAGUGCUUCUGUCACACAUUUCCUUGCACACACACUGCAAAAAGCCCUUAACCAGCUUACCUGAGAGAUCACCAUAUUCCGUGCUAUUUUUCUAGAAAAAGAGGUGCUGGAGCUCAUUAUGAACUUCUCCCUUGUUUUCUGAGAAUGGCAAUGGUUCCCAUCUGAGAGGUGGCAGAGCUGAGCUCCUGCUGAAAAAAAGCCCUGACCUUAUCCUGUAUAUGCCCAUUUGAUUACUUGGCUCUCACUGUUACAGGUGCCACCUUUGUAAGAAAUCAAUCUUUUAAUCUUUUACACUUUGGAGCCUUCCCUGUACUCAUUUUUGGCACCUGCUAAAAAAUUUUGUCGUUUAGGCACGCCUAUCCAGACAUGUAGAACGUUGACAUAUGCUUUCAUCUGUCUUUCAUUUGUUGCUGAUUUUAUUUUUAAUGUGUUCACUGAUGAUUUUAUUGUUUUAUUCUCAUUGAGUUUGUUUUGCAAUCAAGUGGUGAAUGCAUUUUAUGAAGUAAAUAAAUGAAAGUCAGGUCUUGGGAGAAGGUUUUGACCUCUCCUACCCGGAACAAGCAAGCCUUAGGGUCCCUCGUUCAUGCCUGCGUAAGUGAACCACCAUGACAUGUUCUGCUUAGGGACAGUGCUUAAAAUUGUCAGGGGCUUCCUCAUCCCAGCUUCAGCCAAAUCGUGCCUUCUAAAAAGAGUAGUUAUGCAAGCAUUAAGGAAACAGGAAAAGACCUGUUAGAUCUAGUCCAGUAUCCUGGUCACACAGAGGCCAACCAGACGCCCAUCAUGGAAAUCCAGCAAGUAGGAUUUGAGUGCACAGUGCCUUCUCUGCUUGGGAUUCCCGACAACUGGCAUGCAGAGACAUACUAACUAUUUCAGUAUAGCAUGGCAACACAAGAACGGGGCCUUCUCUGCAGUCUGUGGAAAGCUCUCCCCAGAGAAGUUCGCCUGGCACCUUCAUUAUGCACCAUUAGGUGCCAGGCAAAAAUGUUCCUUUUUAACCAGGCCUUUGGUUGAUUGGAUUGACAUCCUAUGCCCUUUUUAAAUGUGUGUGUGGGGGGGAGGUUAUUGGGUUGUUGUUUUUAUUUUGGUUAUGGAUUUUGUGGUUUUAUAUUUUGAUUUUAUUCUGUAAACCACCCUGAGACCUGUGGGUAUAAGGCAGUAUAUAUAUUCCAAUAAUAAUAAUAAUAAUAAUAAUAAUAAUAAUAAUAAUAAUAAUAAUAAUAAUAAUAAUAAUAGGAGAACACAGGCAUCAUGGCUAGUAGCCAUUUAUAGCCUUAUCCUCCAAGAAUUUCUCAGAAUUACCCAAGAUAUUGGAGCAGGGGCAAGCUUGUUUUCUCCUGCUCCGGAGGGUAGGACCCGAACCAAUAGCUUCAAGUUACAAGAAAUGAGAUUUCGACUAAACAUCAGGAAUAACUUUCUGACAACAAGUGCUGUUUGAUGGUGGAACAGAUUCCCUGCAUACAAAAAUGUGCUUACUUAAGGGAGAUUUCUUCUGAAGAAUUUUCCUCAGGGUAUUAAAAAAAGGAAAUUCAAAAAUUGUGGCACAAAUGUGGAGAGCUGAAUCAAUGGUGAUUGGAAACUGAGAGAACAAAAACAGACAGGUCUUCCCAUCCCUGAUGCCAAGGGAUCCUAGCCCCUAGGGGCUGAUGGGAAUUGUAGUCCAAAGCAUCUGGAGCAUCCUAAGCACCAAGUUAGGGAACGAGGCAGUAGGACCAUCUUGUGAGCUUGUGUGGUAUAGUGGUUAAGAGUGGAAGACUCGCAAUCUGGUGAACCGGGUUCACGUCUCCGCUCCUCCACAUGCAGCUGCUGGGUGACCUUGGGCCAGUCACACUUCUCUGAAGUCUCUCAGCCCCACUCACCUCACAGAGUGUUUGUUGUAGAGGAGGAAGGGAAAGGAGAAUAUUAGCCGCUUUGAGACUCCUUCGGGUAGUGAUAAAUCGGGAUAUCAAAUCCAAACUCUUCUUCUUGUUGUUCAAGGCAGCUUUUUGACAGCCGGGACUUGAGUAGGGGCAAGCAGAGUGGUUUUAACCAGUAUUUUUAAUGUCACACCCCCCCACACACAAACAAACACCACUACUACACACAUUCAGGGAUUUAAACCUGCUAUUUCUGCUCCACUUUGCGUUCUAAACUGUUCUGGCCAGUUCUCCACCCCAGAGGUGAAGCAGGAUAAAAAAAUUAAAAAACCGAACUACAUCAAAAUCAAAUCAGAGAAAGAAAUGGACAUCUCUGCCUAGGUUUGUGUGACUUCUUGGCAUCUGAAUUGGCCCACUGCCUGUCCAGCUCUCACGGAAAAUCGAUGUAUUGUUUUAAUCCAAUGACUCUGUUUAAAAGAUGGGAAACUGUAUUUCAGCCAGUAUGUACAAACCUAAGAACAGCCCUGCUGGAUCUAGCCCAUCUAAGGGGGGGAUCUAAUCCUGUUCUCACAGUGUCCAACCAGAUGCCCCAGUGGGCAGCCCAAAAGUGGGGCACAGGGACCCUCUCCCCUCCUGGGGUUUCCAGAAACGGGCAUUCAGAGGUAUUGCUGCCUCUGACGGCAGAGCCAGAUCAGGGCUGUACAGAGUGGAAAGCUUUCUGAGAGCCCCGAUGCUUUUCCCCAAAGCUAAUGGAGAAAGCACGGAAUGCUCCCUUCUUCCGCUGCCCCAAUUUCCCUCCAUCAUCGCAGUGUUUCCAAGAGGAAGACGAGGAGCCCAGCUGCCAAGCAGCUGGAGUCCCAUUGUCAGAGACAGAGAGGCUACCUGGCUGCUUUGCUAAGUAAGUCUCCUCCAUCAGUUCCCUUUGUACUUCUGGAGGUGGGCAUCUCAUCAGCAGCCCUUAAAGGAUUCCAUUGUGAGCCGGCAUUAAUUCCCCUCUCUGCUAUUUGGAAGUGUUCAUGCCAAGGUAACAAAAACCACAGAAGAUGAAAUGCAAUUUUCAUUACUUCUGCACUGAGCCCAGAUUACAUUUUGAAUGGGAAUUGCUCCCAGAAGGUGGGGAAGACAUGUAGGGAUCCAUUUUGUUGUGCUGCAGAGGGCACUCCAUUGCUUGUCUUGCUCUGUGCUUCCUGAGAAAUAAUAAUAAUAAUAAUAAUAAUAAUAAUAAUAAUAAUAAUAAUAUUGUGGUGUAGGCUAGCCAGGUGCAACAGCAAAGUUGUUUUCACAUGACACAUUAAGUUGUCAGGAGUUCCUAAAUGGAAAGAUCAAUAAUGAUAAAUGAGAUUCCCUGAAAGUCGGCUUUUGUGCUACUAAUGUUUCCCCGUAAUAAGCAGCCACAGGGGAGGGGAAGCUGCGUUUGAGCACAGAGACAGGCAGAACAAAGGUUGGCAGAAAGGAAGGAUCCCCGAGGCCCAAGGGGAGCAGCCGAACAGGGGCUUCGGGGAAUCCUUUUCCUCACGCAAAGACAGAAUGCUGGUCAAAUCCCUGCUCCAAAGAAUCUUCAGCAAGGAGGGCACAGCAGGAGGGGGGUGCAUUUGAUGAAUUGUUUGCAGCUCUUAAAGGUGACCUUUAAAAAAAACACACCAAGAAAGCAGCAGUCUGGGAUAAGGGGGUGGAAAUGGCAAAGGAGCAGAUUUUGGCUGAACGUUUGGAGACACUUCCUAAUUGGAAGGGCUGUUCAACAGAGGAACAGGAAGGGCCUCAAGAACAGGGGGGCUCUCCUUUGAGGGAAUUGAGGGGCCUUUUGCCAGAGAUGCUGAAGUUGCGCUCCUAGACAGAGCAGCAGGUUGAACUAGAUGAUCCAGAAUGUCAGGGAUUCUUUUGCCAUGAUUCCUAUGUUGCAGAGGAUUGGACUCGGCGAUCCUUGGGGGUUUCUUCUAACUCUACACUCAUAUGAUUCUAUGAUCUCCCAGGUCAACAUCCAACUCUUGAUUUUACACACACACACAGAGAGAGAGAGAGAGAGAGAGAUCCCAUCCAGCACAAUGCCCUUAAUGGCCACAGGCCACUCAGCAAUACAGUGGUACUUCAGGUUACAGACGUUCAGGUUACAGACGCUUUAGGUUACAGAUUCCGCUAACCCAGAAAUAGUACCUCAGGUUAAGAACUUUGCUUCAGGAUGAGAGCAGAAAUCGUGCUCUGGCGGCACGACAGCAGCGGGAGGCCCCAUUAGCUAAAGUGGUGCUUCAGGUUAAGAACAUUUUCAGGUUAAGAACAGAUCUCCAGAACGAAUUUAUUUAGAGUUGCCAACUAUCCAGAACUGAACGUUUUUCUCCUAACCAGUUUCCAGACCAGGAAGAUGGAAGGUCAAAAUAAAAUUGUAUGAUCAGCUGGCUUUGCUGUUUCUGAACUUUCAUUAUGGUUUGUAUUUAGAAGAAGAAGAAGACGGCCUUCAAAGUGUGGUUUUCUGCACAUGCACUACGGCACGUUGUCCUUGCAAAUGUUUUAACUUUCCUUUGACUACAAAGUACUCUGCAGCACAGUCAAGAAAUCUUUGUGCUUAAGAAAGAUGUGUGUCUUAAGAAAAGAAAGGAAUUCUCAGAAUGAAUUCUGCACGUGCUCUGUGACACCCAGUCCUUGCAGUUUCACCGCUUCCCAUCUGAAGGCAGAAAGCACUUUAUUUUGCACUAGUUUAUACUCCUAUCAUUUUUAUGUGCAGUCGCCAAGGCCAUGCUAAAAACUAGGCUGUGGGACAUAGAUUGCAAGGAACUAAUCUCAGCUGUGGAAAAAACAUGUUCCCCUCUUUAUUUUCGGCUCUCUUGGGCGCAGGAAUUUAACCUUAAUUAUUUACAAUUUUUGUUUAACCCUCAAGAAAGAAGGGCUUUUUCGCUGGCUAGGUUCAAUUCUAAUUCUUCUAACCUCCUUUGGGGUAGGUUUGUGGGUACGGCAGAAGGAGAUAGGAUCUGCCCAUGUGAUGCCCACCUGGUGGAAACUCUAGUUCACAUGGUCCUUAAAUGUAAAAUGUAUGAUGAUCUCUGCCAACAAUUUUUAGAGCAUCUAUGUAUCCCAAUAUGAAAACCAGAGACAGAGGUCAUACACUUCUUAUUACAGGGGAAAGAUCAGGAGCUCACCAAGACAGUAACUAAGUUCCUCUAUUUGAUUUUUUGCCACCAAAGUAUGCUACAGGAUCCUGCCCUUGCUGGAGACCCAUAGAGGUGAAAUAGAGUGCUUGCCUCCUCUUCUUCCCUUUGGCAAAUGACUGUAUUGUUGAAAUGGCGAUGAGAUUGCACUGGCCUAUUUAUUCUGAAUGUUUGUAAGUGAUGCCAAUAAAGGUUUGAUGAUGAUGAUGAUGAUGAUUUUUGUGUGUGAAAGGAUAAAUAUUAUAAACUCACCUAGACAUUCCCUUGGAGGACAGAGAAGCCAACUUGCUUAGCACAGGGACAGGGAAACUUUUGCAGCCAGAGGGCCGCAUUUGCUCAUGGACAGCCUUCCAGGGGCCACAUGCAGGGGGUUAGACAAGAUGACCCCUGAGAUCUCUUCCAACUCUACAGUUCUAUUAUUCCUCCAUCCUGGCAAGCAAGGGACAUCAUCCCAGUUCACAGUUGUAUUCUGGCCCUGCAAAAGCAGUCAAGGAGGAUGUGGAGGAAGGGAAGGGGUGUGGACUAGCAAGGGGUGUGGCCUGUGGAUAGUCCUGGGGACCUGAUAGAAAGCUCUGAAGGACCACGUUUGGCUCCUGGGCCCGAGGUUCCUCACCCCCUGCUUUAAGAGAAACUGCCCCAAGUCAUGCACAUUCUUUGCUUUGCUCUUAUCUUUGCAGCCGGAAUGUGGAGGCUGACAGAGAAAUGGUGAUGAUGCCAAGCCUGCCUCAAAGGUUCGUGCGUGAGAUGGAAUUUGAAUGCAGGGCUCCCAGGAUCAAAGCCAACCUCUUAUGUCUGGUGCCACACUGCCUCUCAUGCUGAGGUAAGGACUGUGUGACAGAUGUACUUGAGUGAACUUCACUGGGCUUCCUCAGAGGCUUUGACUUCUUCUGUGAAAGCCAAGGUGGGAAUGACAAGUGGGGAGAGUGCUCUUGCCCUCGAAUCCUUCUUGGGGGCUUCCCCAAAGCAUCCGGUUGGCCACUGGGACGAAAGGAUGUUGGACUAGAUCGGCCCUCUUUGGCCAGAUCCAGCAGGGAUCUCCUUGUAUUGAUUGGUAAAAGGUAAAGGUAAAGGGACCCCUGACCAUUAGGUCCAGUCGUGACCGACUCUGGGGUUGCGGUGCUCAUCUUGCUUUAUUGGCCGAGGGAGCCGGCGUACAGCUUCCGGGUCAUGUGGCCAGCAUGACUAAGCCUCUUGGUACUUAUAAGUUAAUUUGUUAGUAAAAGCUCAGACCUCACCAUGUCUGCGCAGAGGUAAAUCUUAUGGAAUUCAGUGUGGGCAAUUCAGUGUCAGAGUUUGGGUCCAACAUUAGUUAGUUAGUUAACAUUAGUGAGUUGGGUAAUUUAUCAACUUCAAUAUUUACUUACUUAUUUAUUUGGCAAAAUGGACAUACUUCUUGGAAAUAAGGAAACCACUAAGCAGUUUGCAAGAACAUAAGUGUGACUUUUGACCAUCAAGGAAGUCUCAAAGUGACUUGCAAAGAUUACAGAGAAUUUGCUUCAGCUGCUCCUUGAUUUAGACUUUCGCUUUCCCCAGGGCUCAUCUCCCUAAUCACAUUGCUUCAUCUUACUCUAUCCAUAAAGCCACAAAAAGAUCAAAGAUAGAGAAUUAACAGCAUUGGUUAGGGUUUAAUAGGAUUUGCAAUGUAUGGGCAUCAGGAAGCCUACUGCUGUCUUCUCUCUUUCAUGUACAGAGGAGGUGGUGAGCACGUUCUCUACAGGGAAUCCUUCCUUUGUCUGAAGCUCAAUGAUAAGUUUUCUGGCAGGUUCUUCUUUUUCUGUUUUCCACCACAAAGGGCUUCCAUUAACAGACAAAGUAUCUGCAAAAGACCCCUGGUUUGUUGGAGAUGGUCCCUGAGAAGAUCUGACAAAUAAUUUGCACCUCUGUGUUGUUAUCUAACAAACACAAUUCAUUUGUGUCCAGGCAAAAGUAAUGAUAGCUGUAUAGUAAUGAGCAGAGUGUCUAUGCUUUAAUGAACAAAAUUUUUUAAAUGGCACAGCUCUGCACAUAUUUGAUUCUGGCUCCACCCAGAUGUCAUUUAAGUGGUUUAUAAAAUCAAUACAUUAUUAAAAUACACAGUAGCAGUCCAUUAGGUCAUGAAAGCACCCUUAAUUAAAAUAUACACUAAAACAAACAAUUAAAACAAGAAAACCAGUUCUGGGAAAUGUUUAAACAGGUGUGUGUAUUCAGUAGCUGGUGGUAUGCCAAUGCUCAUAGAAUCAUAGAAUCAUAGAGUUGGAAGAGACCACAAGGGCCAUCGAGUCCAACCCCCUGCCAAGCAGGAAACACCAUCAGAGCACUCCUGACAUAUGGUUGUCAAGCCUCUGCUUAAAGACCUCCAAAGAAGGAGACUCCACCACACUCCUUAGCAGCAAAUUCCACUGUCGAACAGCUCUUACUGUCAGGAAGUUCUUCCUAAUGUUUAGGUGGAAUCUUCUUUCUUGUAGUUUGGAUCCAUUGCUCCGUGUCCGCUUCUCUGGAGCAGCAGAAAACAACCUUUCUCCCUCCUCUAUGUGACAUCCUUUUAUAUAGUUGAACAUGGCUAUCAUAUCACCCCUUAACCUCCUCUUCUCCAGGCUAAACAUGCCCAGCUCCCUUAGCCGUUCCUCAUAAGGCAUCAUUUCCAGGCCUUUGACCAUUUUGGUUGCCCUCCUCUGGACACGUUCCAGUUUGUCAGUGUCCUUCUUGAACUGUGGUGCCCAGAACUGGACACAGUACUCCAGGUGAGGUCUGACCAGAGCAGAAUACAGUGGCACUAUUACUUCCCUUGAUCUAGAUGCUAUACUCCUAUUGAUGCAGCCCAGAAUUGCAUUGGCUUUUUAGCUGCCGCGUCACACUGUUGGCUCAUGUCAAGUUUGUGGUCAACCAAGACUCCUAGAUCCUUUUCACAUGUACUGCUCUCAAGCCAGGUGUCACCCAUCUUGUAUUUGUGCCUCUCAUUUUUUUUGCCCAAGUGCAAUACUUUACAUUUGAUGUAAAUGCUGAUGGGGCAUCUCAUAUUUCAUCAGGCAACCCUGGUGCCACCAGUCAUUACAGCAUAAUGCAGACACAGAUCCUUAAGGCUAAUCUUAAAAUGUCUUCACCUACCAACAGACUAAGCACCAGGUGAGCUUACCUGGGAAGAACAUUCCAUAGCUUAGGCGCAGCAACAGGAAAGACCCUUCUAUGCAGUUAACAUUUUAUAUGACAGCUGAAUCAUGUGUUUUUUCAAAAAGUUGCAAAAAGGACUAUCUAGUGUGCUUCAGCUAGAGCAACCUCACAUGUGUUCAGGAGAGUUGUUUUGAUCUCAUCUUCUGUUUCUUGUUCUUUUCUGUAGCCCAACCAUGGCUGGAGAUUCUAGAAUCUUCAUGAACCAGGACAUGGAAAUUGGCGUUACUCCGAGAGAGCAUAAGAAGAUUCCCAAGCAAGUCCGGGAUGAUGUUCCCAUCGCCACUGACCGAACGCGUCUCCUGGCAGCAGAGAUCAAGAAGCCACGCCAGCGCUACAUGGAGAAAAGCGGCAAGUGCAAUGUGCACCAUGGGAAUGUCCAGGAGACCUACCGAUAUCUCAGUGACCUUUUCACCACCUUGGUGGACCUCAAAUGGCGCUUCAACCUCCUUGUCUUCACCAUGGUCUACACCAUCACCUGGCUGUUUUUUGGUUUCAUUUGGUGGCUCAUUGCUUACAUCCGAGGAGACCUGGAUCACGCAGAAGACGAAGACUGGAUCCCUUGUGUCGACAAUCUCAGCGGGUUUGUUUCAGCAUUUCUGUUCUCUAUUGAGACGGAGACCACCAUUGGGUACGGCCAUCGAGUGAUCACUGAGAAAUGUCCAGAAGGCAUCAUCCUGCUUUUGGUCCAGGCCAUCCUGGGCUCCAUAGUCAAUGCAUUCAUGGUAGGGUGCAUGUUUGUAAAGAUCAGCCAGCCCAAAAAGAGAGCGGAGACCCUCAUGUUUUCCAACAAUGCUGUGAUAUCCAUCAGGGACGAGAAGCUGUGUCUCAUGUUCCGGGUUGGGGACCUGAGGAAUUCCCACAUAGUGGAGGCUUCCAUCAGAGCAAAACUGAUCAAAUCCAAACAGACCAAAGAAGGGGAGUUCAUCCCUCUAAACCAAACGGACAUCAACGUGGGGUUUGACACAGGGGACGACAGGCUCUUUCUGGUCUCCCCUCUCAUCAUCUCCCACGAAAUCAACGAGAAGAGCCCCUUCUGGGAGAUGUCCCGUGCCCAGCUGGAGAAAGAGGAGUUUGAAAUCGUGGUCAUUUUGGAGGGGAUGGUGGAAGCAACUGGUAAGCUAUAUGCCUGAUAUUUGUUCUGUCAUUGCUAACCCUUGCCAAUGUCAAACAUGUUUCUAAAUGAUGUGUUAUUCAGGUGUGUUGGACAGAAACUCAAGACCUGUAAGGCACAGAGAGGUUAGGCAAAUCCUUCUGCUGAUCAUUGCUCAUCUAAAUAGCAGACUAGGAGAGGAAUGGUCCAGGAUGGGUGUCACAGGAUGGGUAUCUCACAUUCAGCCAUGCUCCCCAUUCCAUAUUGUCGUACAAUACCUGAAAGUUAUGGGGGAAUAAAACAGCUCUGCAUGCACAAAAGUAAUGACUAAAUUAACUAAAUUGGUCUGGUGAGUAGUGGUUUGGAACAGAGAAAUAAUUUUAGGAUUUGACCUCAUGAUAGUAUAUUGGGUGGAGGAGGACUCAGAUGGUAAUAUGUAUUCCUUCACUUCAAAAUGUGGCAAGCCAGUACUGCUGUUGAGGGGGUGGGUUUCCUCCUGCCCAUUCUGUUGAAUGGGAACCUGCAUCCAAUGGGCCCCCAAAUCCUGGCCUGAAGUCACAACCUCAUAUUUCACUGAAGAGACCAAGGCAUCCCAGCCAGUAUAUUUUAACUGAACUCAGGAGUGUGAAUAACUGCACACAAAAGCCACAGUGUUCAUGCGUGUCAUAUGCAUUUUAACUUGCUUCACUUUAAAAUACACAUGAGCAAUGACUGGAACAGAGUUAGUCAUCAAACCAAAACAAAUGUUAAAAUUCUCAAAUAAUUGCUCAUUUUCGAGUUUGCAUGUGCAGAUCCCAGAUCUCACAAAUGAAGCAAGUGGCUGGAUUCUGUAUUUCUGUGGCUUGCAAUCAAAGUUAGUCCUACUCAGAGUAGACCCAGUGAACAUAAUGGGUGUGACGAACUUAAUUUAAUGUUAAUGAGUCUCACAGGCACUGACUCCCUGGGGCCGAGGCAGUUUCAGCCCCCCCCCAAAUGUAUUUUUUGCGGAGGUUGGGCCCCCUCAACUUUGUGUGGGUGUUUGGCUUCACUCCCUGGCUCCUUGCAUCCUGAUGUCAUGUCACACACACACACACACACACACACACACACACAGUCCUCUGGAGAAGCUGACACCUCUGAUGCAUCUACUCUGAGUAGAACCUAGUUGGAUACAACCUUAUGAAACUUGGGCUUAUAUUGAAUGUUAGUCCUCCUCAAAGAAGACCCACUGAAAUUAAGGAACAUGACCUUAUUGUGUAUGCUCUCAGCAGAAUUAAGUUGGGUACAACUUUUCAUGAUUCUUGUGUGUUCUCAUCUCUUAGGGUUCAGCCACAUUUCUACGAUUGCCAUUUUUUCUGAUUCAAUGGUAAACAGUGGAUUUUCCUAGGGAAAGCAGUGGGACCCCCCCAAAUUGCUCAGACAUGGACAGAGAAAUUUUGGACCUGUGCCUGGAAGUGUGGAUAAGGAUAAGCCGAAGGAUAAGCCCAAAGAUUUGCCAUACAAAAGAGAAAACAUGUCAUGUGUUGUGUCUUUGUUAGCUCUAUCUGCAUUAAGGAUUUAAUGGCUCUCUCUGUUGUUUAAAAAAACCCCCAAAGCACAUGAUAGUUCCUUCAGGCACGAUCCAUCUUUCUGGACUAAAGCUAAGAAUGGUCUGCAGAAACCUGAUUUAUCUCCUUCAGGGAUUGGGAACCUGUGGCCCUCCGGAAGUUGUUGGUUUCCAGCUCCCAUCAGCCCCUGCCAAUGGUCAUGGACAAUGGGAGUUGUAGUCCAACAACAUCUGGAGGGCUCCACAGGUCUCCCUUCCCUGAUACAGUGGUACCUCGGGUUACAUACGCUUCAGGUUACAGACUCUGCUAACCCAGAAAUAGUACCUCAGGUUAAAGAACUUUGCUUCAGGAUGAGAAUAGAAAUCAUGCGGCGGCAGCAGGAGGCCCCAUUAGCUAAAGUGGUGCUUCAGGUUAAAAACAGUUUCAGGUUAAGAAUGGACCUCUGGAACGAAUUAAGUACGUAACCAGAGGUACCACUGUACUCCAUGGACUUUGCCUAUAGGAAACAGCAUUAUAAUGAGCCAAGUGGUUGUUCCUUAAAGGCCAGUGUUUUCUACUCUGAGUGGAUCUCUGGCAAAGGUCUCUCUCAUCUCCUGCUACCUACCUCAGUCCCACUGACGGGGGAAGGCGGGUGGGGGGGUGCCGUCCGUAUCAGGUGUCAGCAGUUAGGGCGGGUGACAUCGCUGUGCCACCCCCACUUGCUGUGUGGACGGUGCCCCCGAAUGCUCACUGCGCGGGUGGCGGGCCACUAGGGAUGAUGCUGCUGCUGGUGGCUAGUGGCGCCCCCACUUGCCGCACAGGCGGCGGGCAGCUAGGGACGCUUGUCAUGUGGACAGCUAGCCCCGCCCCCACAGGCCAGCUAGCCUUGCCCCCUUGCCGCUCCGGGUGACGGGGCAGGUAGCUCCGCCCCUGCUCAGUCCCACCCAACAUGGGGCUGUCCUGUUGUCAUUGGACUCCAUCAUGACUGGAUUAUGAGCUGAGAUUGUGAGGGUAGUUCAAAACAUCUGGAGGGAACCUGGUUUUGGAAAUGCUAAUUUAAUUGACUGCUAGGGAAUGAGUUUGAGGCUUCCUGCAUGCAAAGCAGAUGCUAUACCACAAAGCUGUGAGCGUUCUCCACUUAGACUCUUCCCUGAACCUUCUGUCAUUUAGAUUUUCAAUAUUUAUAGAAAGAGGGAACUUUUAAUCUGCCAGUGUGGGGUGGCUUUGAAUUCAUAGCAGCGCUGAGAGCAGUGUGACCUGUGCUGUGUUUUAAUAAGGCUGUGUUGGUUCUGGUCUUCUGAGGUAUUUAACCAUCUUCUGCAGAGAAGCUCACAGGCAUCCUUUGAUUAAAAAAAAAUCUGCAGCAAGGGCCUGGUCCAGCCAGCCGGGAAAACAAAACUUUCAGUGUUAAUUAAGCCCCAGUGGGGGAAUUCAGGGUUGGCUCAGGGAAGCUCAGCCAGCUGGGAAGUGAUUGGGCACACCUGAGACAAGACGGAUGCUGGACUUGGUACAGGAGAAAAUAUGGGCCAGCUGUAGGUGUGUGUGUGUGUGUGUGUGUGUGUGUGUGUGUGUACACACACAAACACAGUUCAGGCCAGAAAGUUGAAAUGAGGCAGUGAUGGCAACCAACUUGGACGGCUUUAAAAAAGCAUUAGACAAAUUCAUGGAGAGGGAGGGGGCUAUUGAUGGUCACUAGCCAUAAUGGUUAUGUUCUGCCUCCGCAGUUGGAGGCCUCAAUGCUUUUGAAUAUCAGUUGCUAGACACCGCAGGAAAGGAGAGGGCUCUUGCGCUUGAAUCCUGCUUGCAGGUUUCCCACAGAUUCUUCUAAUGCUCUUACGUCUGCAAGCAUGACAUUUCUGGACCUAAUGGCCAAAAUUUUAAGGCAUGAAGUUUUUCUCCAGAAAGCCAUGCUAUAUGGCCUCGGUCCAGUAUACCUGAAGGAGCGUCUCCACCCCCAUCGUUCUGCCAGGAUACUGAGGUCCAGCGCCAAGGGCCUUCUGGCGGUUCCCUCACUGCGAGAAGCCAAGUUACAGGGAAUCAGGCAGAGGGCUGUCUCGGUAGUGGCACCCGCCCUGUAGAACGCCCUCCCACCAGAUGUCAAAGAGAAGAACAGCUACCAGCCCUGUUUAGGGAAGCUUUUAUUGUUUAACAGACCAUUGUAUUUUAACAUUCUGUUGGAAGCCACCCAGAGUGGCUGGGGAAACCCAGCCAGAUGGGCGGGGUAAUAAUAAAUUAUUAUUAUUAUUAUUAUUAUUAUUAUACACGGGCUAUUGGGAGUUAGGAACUCCAUUUCUUCUUGAUUCACAUGGAGCUGUCAGCAAUUCAGACAAAUGUCUGCACAGACUUAAUUUAAAGAACAUAGGAAGCUAUGUUAGUGUUGUCUACACUGACUGGCAGCAGCUCUCCCAGGUUUUAGAGUCUCCCUCUAGAGAUGCUGGAGGUUGAAACUGUGAUCUUAAGUCUGCAAGCAGGUGCUCCACCUGGUUGACUCUAGCAACAGAUUUAUCCCAAUUCCCACUGAGAUCCUUUAACCAGAGUUGCUGUGGAUUUAACCUGGGCUUGUAGGCAAGAGAAACCUAGACCCUGCCACAUCUAUUGAAUUAGUUAUUCUGAAAUAAUUAAUUGUUGUCAGGGGUCCAUAGUAACAAAGGAAGAUGCACUAAACAGAGCCAGCCAGGUCACAGCAUCACAGGUGUAGGGGUGUGUGGGUGUGCAGGAUUACACCACUGCCCCAAGCUGCGCUGGCAAGUGGGCAGUGCUUUGUCACACACCGAGAACCCACCAUGGGCUCACUUUUCCGUGCUUGCCACUGGGGCUCCUGAAAAGCAAUGAUUUGGCCCCAAAUCCACACAACGGAGCCAGUAAUUUGAGCAGGAAACGAGUUUCAGUGAAUGUAUCCGACUUACCUUGAUGUGUCUGGCCAGCACCUGCUCUUCAUACCCUGUGAAACUGGGGUUGCUCAAAAUGUACUUACUUAAGAGGUUCUGGGAAUAUUCCAGAGUAAUGCAAUCAAAACUGGCUUUGCCUAGGUUGGAAGGCAUCAGCAAACAACAACCAGAAAGGUCACUCGACAGCGCAGGGAAAGGCCGCCCUGUGUUUUCACAGCAGCUGCCUCUGUCUGCUCCCCUGUCAGUCAUAGUUGCUGUGGCUGAGCACAGGAAGGUGGGAGCAGGCUGGAUUUCACCUUGCAUCUCUGGUUUUACAAGGGCGAAGGAGCUGCUUUUACAAAACUAAGAUAUGGGAUUCUGGACAAGGCUAUGGGUCAAAUGGGCACUGAUCAUACCCACAGACCAUGCAUUUAAUGCACCAGGCCUCCCCACCAAUAACCUUGGAAACUGCAGUUUAGCCCCCUCAUAUAUAUACAGUUCACAGUACCCUAAAAACUAUAGUUCCCAGGAUUCUUUGGGGGAAGGAUCCAGGAGCUUUAAAACAUAUGGUGUGGAUCAGCCGACUUUCCCUUCGGCUAUCGGAAUUAGGCACUUUAUUUAUCUGUUUUCAGAAUGAAUUCUGGUACAUUUCCCCACCCCCAUUGGAUGCAGAAAUCUGAUGCCAGGCUUCAUGUUUCUAAAGCCAUCACACACCUCAGUGCCUUACUAGCCUGGAACCCAAGAGCAUAGCAAGAGCACUUCCAUGUCAGACCAAGGUUCCACCUGGUUCAUGGAUGGCCAAAAUGAAGACCUCCAUAUGUUGGGUUGUGGACUACAACUUCCACAAGACCUGGCCAUUGGGCAUGCUAGCUGGGACCGAUGGGAGUUGUAGUCCAAAACAUCCAGAGAGCAGCACAUUGUCUAUCCUGGGUCUAGUUCAAUAAUACACUUCCUAUUGGGACAAGGAAUGAAGCAUUGCUCCAUGAUUGCCCCACUGGCCACUGUUAAUCAGUGGUAUUCUACCCCUACGUACAUGGAGGCUCCAUCAUGACUAACAGCUGCUGAUAGACCUCUUUUUCUCUAGGAUCUCCCUGUAAAGCCCUGAAUCCAAUGUCUUUCUGGAUGGAAACGUUCUGAUGAACACAGAUUUCUCCUAUUUAUUUGAAUAACUCAAUACAACACAAUGGUUGUUCUUAAGGAAUUCUCUCCCCUGCUGAAACUUCCAUUAACUCUCUCUUGGAGGCUCCACGAAAAAGCCACUUCUGUGACCUUCGUACUGCUGAGUGCAAGAAGAUACACAAAGAAAGUGCAUUUGCAAAAACUCUCCUCUCUUUUUCAAUUCACUUUAAAAAAAAAGAUUAAAAGCAAAACUUGAGCCGUUGUGCUCAAGAUUACUGCCUGAAACUUUCCGGCACUUGUAAGAUUUCAAAAGAAGCCAGUUUGAUCCGAUUCCCUGCCUUGUCUAUUAGGCAGCCGUGUUAUUUAUAGAAAAGGAGUGGCUGUUGUGCCUCCACAAGCAGUUCCAAAUUUUGUCAAGGUGAGCAGAAGGAAAACGGGUCACUGUGAGAACGAAGGACAUCAGAAGGUCUUGGAUGCGGGAUUGGGCCAAAGGGAGCCCAUCUAGUCCAGCAUCCUGUUCUGACAGCAGCCAGCCUGUUGACUCGAUGGGAAGCCCACAAGCAGGCCCUGCACACAGCAGCCCCUUCCACAAUUAUGAGUCCCAGCAGCAGCUGGUCUCUAGGGGCAUUUUCUGCCUCUGGGAGUAAAAAUUGAACUGCCAAAGCUUCUCCCGAUGUUAUUGGGGACUGCAUUUUGGAGGGAAUUUGUCUCAAUUUGCUUAUAUGAGGCAGUAGUCAGCUGACGCAUCCUGUCAGCGCUAGCAUAUCUGCUUGCAAAGCACAACUUUCCCCUCUCUCCUCCCUGCACACACACCCAGAUCUGCUCCAGAGUCUUGGGGGAAUCCCUGGACCAGAUUUAGGGGGUGCAUGGGGGAAGUGAAAGAGAGGGGGAAGAAUGUUCCACAGUUCAAGCAAGAAACCUUGCACUGUCUAAUCUUUUUAAAACCAUAUAGGAUGGUAGUCCUGUGGCAGUGAGUUCCAUAGUGUAACUAUGCACUGCACUGUGUCUUCUCUUGAGAUGGAUCCUUCGUCUGACCCAUCAAGGUUCUUGCUGUGUUCUCAUGACUGGAAGCAGUCAGUCAGCCACUGUGAGAGGACAGAGGAGCAUAGUGAAGUGCCUCCUCCUGAGUCAGAUCAUUGGGACACCUGGCUCAGUAUUGUCUACAUUGACUCUCCAGAGUUUCAUGAACGGUUCUCUCCCAACACUUACUUGGAGAGGGCACUGGAGAUUGAACCAGAGAACAUCUGCAAGCCAAGCAGGGGCUCUACCACUGAGCUAAGACCCAUCUCCUCUAUUAAUACUAUGGAAACAAGAUGCUGGGUGAUAGAUGUUUUGGUCUGAGCCAGCAGAGCUCUUCUUAUGUCCAGCCUUUCAUAAAGAAGUUUGCAACUCAAGACUCCUUUGGUGGCUUUUUGAAAGGGGACCAAGGAGCGUGAUCUCCAAGAGGUCCAAGAUCUCACUGUGCACUGUGUACAAAUCAAUUUCCUCCUUUCACUGGCAUUUGGUGACAUUAAUUAUAGCUUCCACCCUUGACGUUGGCUGUCUUCAGCUGAGGCUUUCUGUGCAUGCUUGGCAGGUUAAGCUGUUCUUAACCUCACCAAGAGCUUCUCCUCUCCAUUUCUGACAAUAUUUCCCAUCUUAGUUUUGUUUUAUCAUGACCAUUAUUAUCACUGGAUAUUUUUAACAGUGUGGUCAUCAUUCUGACCCAAAAGCAAAGGACAGUGUACCAGCCGCCGAUAAUAUUGCAGCACAACCAAGUGUGUGGGGGGGGACGACACACACACACAAACUCUAAAAGCUGGUUGUUUUGCAGGAGUGCAACCCUAAUUUAUCAAUAAUUCCUGCUUAGGGUGCCCAAUACUUGGUUGGGUGAUUAUCUCCCACGUACAAGCCAUACCAUGCCAUUCCUACUCACCAUCUUAGGCUACAUGGAGAAAGUGGAUUUGUUGUUGUUGUUGUUUAGUCGCGUCCGACUCUUCGUGACCCCAUGGACCAGAACACGCCAGGCACUCCUAUCUUCCGCUGCCUCCUGCAGUUUGGUCAAACUCAUGCUGGUAGCUUCGAGAACACUGUCCAACCAUCUUGUCCUCUGUCGUCCCCUUCUCCUUGUGCCCUCCAUCUUUCCCAUCAGGAUCUUUUCCAGGGAGUCUUCUCUUCUCAUGAGGUGGCCAAAGUAUUGGAGCCUCAGCUUCACGAACUGUCCUUCCAGUGAGCACUCAGGGCUGAUUUCCUUCAGAAUGGAGAGGUUUGAUCUUCUUGCAGUCCAUGGGACUCUCAAGAGUCUCCUCCAGCACCAAGAAAGCAGAUUAAGAAAAGUUUUUCUCCCUCUCUCGUAACAUUGGAACUCAUUCAGUGAAGUUGAAUGUUGGAACUCACUCCUGCAGGAAGCAGCGAUGGCCACCAACCUAGAUGGUUUGGACAAAUUCAUGGAAAAGAGGGCUGUCAAUGGCUAUUGGUCAUGAUCAUAGAAAUUGUAGAGCUGGAACGGGUCGUGCUAGUCCAUGCUAGUCCAAUGCUUUGCCCAUCGUGAGGCUCAAACCCACGACCUUGAGAUUAGAGUCUUAUGCUCCUAAUGACUGUGCUACCCUCAGGUUAUGCUCUGCCCCCACAAUCAGAGGCAGUGAUGCUUCUGAAUACCAGUUGCCAGCAACAGCAGAAGGGGAGAAUGGCCACUGUGAAGUGGACUUCCCAUUGAGGCAUCUGAUUGGCUGUUGUGAGAACCAAAGGCUAGAUUAGAUGAGCUGUUGCCCAUUGGGCUGAACCAGCAGGCUCUUCUUAUGUUCUUAAGUGAAUGGGUGGUGAUGGAGAGCAGGAAGAGGGCAUGGACCAAGACAAGAGGAGCAGUGAGGGCCCCUGCAGGGAUGAAGCCCUCAGCAGGGGCCAAGAAUGUUCCCCCCUCCUCACUGAUGGCCCUGACCAUCAGCCGCACUUUGUAGCUUAAGAGUAAGCAGCAACACCACCCCCUCACUGGCUCCUCAUCAUUUUAAUUGCGGCUAGCAGGUCCCAGACGCUGCUUCGGGUGGGUGCUCAGAUAGCCAAUUAAGACCGCGGUUGUUACGAUGAUUUUUGCCAUUUGCGUUGCUUCAUGAGCUCCUGUCAGCAGGAUUAAGAGCUACAAUAUAGUCGGCAAUCACAGGGGGGUAAUGAAGAAUAUCUAAGCAUCAUCAGGGUAGCAUCAACUGGAUCCUAAGAUUCAGCUGCAUAUGUGAAGUUCGUCUCGCCUGUUCUUUGACACAUCUAUCCAGCACAGCGGUGACGGGUAGAUUUCAAGUUUUGCAGGAUCAACGCUGCUGUUUUGCAGCGACCCCCACCGCCUCUGAGGUCCGCUAAAUAACAAGGACCCAUAGCAAAGCAAUGUCCCAGGUGUGAGGCCAAGCUACACCUGAUGCAGCUCUUCUGGCCAGUUUGAUGCUGAAGUACAAAAGGAGUCAUGAGGGCCUCAUAUUAUGAACUGGUGCCCUGCACCACUUUCAGCUGAAAAGCAGUCUUUCUCUCUUUCUCAACUGACCCUUAGGUGCUAGUCACUGCAAAACAGCACCACCUUCAUGGGAAAACAGCAGGCAGGGGAGACUUUUUGAGGUGGAAAACACUGUGUGGGGGACAUUCUGAGCUGGGAUCAUGUUGUAGACAGGGACCUCAAAGCCACUUUAUUAUUUUUAUUUCCCUUUAACAUAAAAGUGGCUAUUUUAAGCAUAAAAGAGCCAGUGUGGUGUAGUGGUUAAGAGCGGUAGUCUCGUAAUCUGGGGAACCGGGUUCGCGUCUCCGCUCCUCCAUAUGCAGCUGCUGGGAGACCUUGGGCCAGUCACACUUCUCUGAAGUCUCUCAGCCCCACUCACCUCACAGAGUGUUUGUUGUGGGGGAGGAAGGGAAAGGAGAAUGUUAGCCACUUUGAGACUCCUUAAAGGGAGUGAAAGGCGGGAUAUCAAAUCCAAACUCUUCUUAUUCUUCUCUUCUAAUGAGAGAGAGAAAGAGAAACCUGAAUAAUGUGGUGUGCAAUCCAACCCUUAAAAUUAAGGAAGAGAGUUCCUCAGGAUACUAUGCUCAGUUCUGGGAUUUGUUUUCAGAUUUAGGACUAAAUUCAGGACAGACAAAAUUCUUUUCCUCUUUUCUCCCCCAACUUUCUUCAUUUCAGCUUCGUGUGUGUGUGUGUGUGUGUGUGUGUGUGUGUGUGUUCAUAGAAUCAUAUAAUUGCAGGGUUGGAAGGGACCCCAAGGGUCAUCUAUUCCAACCCCCUGCAAUGCAGAAAUCCCUAACAGAUGACCAUCCAACCUCUGCUUGGAAACCUCCAUUGAAGAAGAGUCAACUGGCUUCUGAGGGAGUCCACUCCACUGUCAAACAGCUCUUACUUAUUCAGGACGGAUAAAAGAAAGUACUUCAUACAGUGCAUAGUUAAAGUAUGGAACUCCCUCCCACAAGAGGCAGUGAGGGCCACUGACUUAGAUGACUUUAAAAGAGGACUGGGCAAAUUCAUGAAGGACAGGACUAUUGAUGGCAACUAGCCACAAUGGAUAAGUUCUGUCUCCACAGUCAGAGGCACCAGUGCUUCUGAAUACCAAUUGCUGGAACCACAGGAGAGGAGAGGGAUCUUGUUCUCAAAUCCUGCUUGCAAGUGUCCCACAGGCAUCUGGCUGGCCAUUGGCCUGAUCCAGCAGGCUCUUCUUGCAUUUGUAGUGGGAGACUGAGACUAUUUGGGAAACACAAAGUCUGAAAAAGCAAGUGGGGCUGCCUCUGCUCUGAAGACGUUCUGCUUUGUUCCAGUUACUUGAUGAAUGACUUGGCUGAUUCAAUUAGAGAACAUUAGAAAGUACCGUUUUGUCACCCUUAAGUCAUCAUUCCAUAUGAUGAAACAGUCUGCACAUCGUCUCAGACUUUCUGGCAGAUACUGCCUGCCUGCCAAAACUCCCACCCAACCAGGGUCUUGUUGACAAUUAGCCAGCCGUUAUUUUUAGUGAUGCUGACAAAAUUCACAACUGAAGGACAUGAAAUAUAGGCUUGAAGUGCAGAAAUGUUCACUGCCUGGAAAUACUCAUUCUUAUUGCAAAAAUUUAUCAAGCAGAAAUGCAAUGAGAUCUUAAUUAAUUGCAGACUACCUUACAGGGUGAUAUCUUUUUGCAACGGCAUUGGUCAACAUUCAUCAGAUGAACCUGAUGACACCAUGCUCAGAACUGGGUGAUGGAGCCUUUCCUUUCAGAUGAAAAUAUUCCCAGUUGCCAAAAUUAGCUGGACGUUUUAAUUGGCGGGGACAGAGGAGUGGAUCCAUGAUGUUUCUUGCUCCACCUCACGAGCCCUGCUACAAACAGUUUUCCAGAAGUUUCUUGGGAAAAUUCUUGCAUGUUUAGUAACUCAUUUCAUUUCUUGUGUGCAGAGCCGGCCUGCCCAUGAGGCAGGCUGAGGCAGUUGCCUCAGGUAGUGGAACCCUCUGCCACCGGUAGAGAAACGGUGGUAGCAGCAGUGGCUUCUGGUGUGAUCUUGUGCGCUGCAUGAAAUCUUGCCAAACCUCACUGAAAUUUUGCAAGAUCUUGGGUACUCCGCAAGAUCUCACGUGAGCUCUGUAAGAUCUCACCAUAUCCUGCCACUGCCAUCAUUUCAUCGGUGCCACUGUGCAACCCAGAAAAAUAGGAUUCAGCUAGGGUGGGGUGGGGACAUUUGACCUCCAGGCCUGAGCUUCCCUUUCUUGCUCUAAGACGCAAAGAGCAGAAGGUAAAUCAGGGCCUACAAGUAGAUCUCAAGAUGUGUUGCUGUAGACAAGGACUUGUCCAUGUGAGAUGUGCAGAAUUAAUUGGAAGCUGAGCACCAAUUACUUCCCAACAUCUGUUUGAAGUGAAAAACAGAGGAACAAUAUUGACUUUUUCAGAGUCUGAGAUCUCAGUCAGAUUAAUCAGUGCAAAUGGGAUACGAUUGCAAGCCAAUUUGGAACUCUUGAGGGAAAGGAGAGAAGCAAGCUUAUUUGUUUCUGUGCUCACUGAUGACCAUUUGCUUAUCACUGUAUUAGCAAAGCCUUGGGGUUGCAGCCAAUGCCUUCCCUACUCAGAAGACAGAAAGCUGGACUAGAUGGUCCUUUGGCCUGAUCAGGCAGAGCUCUGCGCCCUGCCAUGAACUCCCUCGUUGGCCUUUAGGCAAGCUACAUUCUCUCUGCCUCGGCCCCUCCCUCAGCUGCAAUGCACGGCUAAUUAUGCUGACCUACUUUGAAGGGUUGCCAGAAGGAUUACUGAGAUAAUGAAGGUGAAAUGCAUUCAAAACUCUAAAGUGCUAUAUAAAUGUGAACGUGUGUGUGUGUGUGUGUGUGUGUGUGUUGAGAAGGAGGCUGGCAGGAAGGUCAAUGGCCAUACCAAUCUAUUUUAAGAAAUGCCAGGAAGGCUGUUUGUAUAUCGGUCUGGAGUUACCUGGGGGACAGAUGAGGCAGCCAUAAGUUCAGGUUCUUAAUUGCUCCAUUGAUUACAUCCUUUUAGAAAAAGAGGCGGGGGAAGCAGGGAGCAUUUUGCUCGUAGUGCAACAAGUUCCUGAUAAGGGGGAUUAUGUCAGGAAAUCAAGGCAUCUGGUCGUGAUGUAGGAUAUGAUCUGGACAGGUGUAAUAAACUCUGGGUUAUGUGGUGUCUCAACCUGGUUUCGAAUCUGCACGUGGGGCAAGGACCUGCAGCUAAAAAGUUGGUCGUGUAAUUCUAAACCAGUAGGUGCCCUCUUGGUCUCAUAAUUCUUUCAUUUAUUUAGGAACAUAAAUAAUAGAAAGAUAGAAUUGUAGAGUCGGAAGGGACCCCAAGAGUCAUCUAGUCCAACCCCCCACAAGGCAGGACUACACAGCUAAAGAAUCCCUAACAGAUGGCCAUCCAACCUCUGCUUAAAAACCUCCAGUGAAGGAGAGUCCACCAUCUUCCAAGGGAAUCUGUCCCAGGGUCAAGCAGAUCUUACUGUCAGAAAGUUCGUCCUAACUCUGAGCUGGAAUCUCCUGCCUUGUCAACUGACUCCAUUGGUUUGGGUUUCCCCUCUGGAACAGGAGAAAACAAGCCUGCUCCAUCUUCCAUGUGACAGCUCUUCAGAUAUUUGACAUCCCCUCUCAGUCUUCUCUUCUCCAAGCAAAAUGUAGCCACUUCCCUCAACCAUUCCUCAUAAGGCUUAGUUUCCAGACCCCUGAUCAUCCUGGUUGCCCUCCUCUGCACACCUUCCAGCUUGUCAAUAUCCUCCUUAAAUUGUGGUGCUCGGAACUGGACACCAGACUCCAGGUUCCUCUCAAUAUCAGUGCAUUAUACAACUCUCUUUUUCCUUUAUGGAACAUUCCACAGAAUGGGGAGCCUCUCUCUUCUAUCAUGGAAAUCAAAAUGAGCCGAGUACGGACAGUUGCACAGAUUUAAUUGGUAACGGAGUCCCCAAAAGCUCCUGCUUUCUAACACCCUUUUGAUGUAAGAAGUUGAACAAUAUUGACUUUUUCAGAGGCUGAGGUUUUAGUUAGAUUAAUUAGUGUAAAUGGGGUACUAAUUUUUACAACCAUGCAAAAUUAUAUUUCAGAGACUUUGAUGCUAAUGAAGGACACACACUGCCUAAUUAGAGGAGCGAUAGUUAGAAUAUUUAUGACUCUUCCACUCGGGCAGGACAGCAGUGUCCACAGCGCCAUCCCAUCAGAGACAAGUCUCUUUGAUCAUCCACGUACCCUCUAUGAGGGAAAAUGGAUUCCUAUUUGAAGGACUAGAUAACUUUUCAGCACACUUAAAAAAAUAAUUGCACUCAGCGUGUGAGUAGACAGAACUUAGAGUUAAUAGAAUCAUGGAACCAAAUGGUUGGAAAGGAGAUCGGACCUCAACUUAACCCAAUGCAGGAUCCACAGUACAGGAUGCAACCACAGGAAUUUGCUCCACAAGAGGCAGUGAUGGCUAUCAACUUGGAUGGCUGUAGAAGAGGAUUGGAGAAAUUCAAGGAAGAGGAGGCUAUGCACAUAAUGCUUCUGAAUACCAGUUGCUGGAAGCCACAGGAGGGGAAAGGGCUCUUGUGCUCAGGUCCUGCUCGAGAGUUUCCCACACGCAUUUGAGUGGCUACUAUGAGAACCUGGACUAGGCAUGGGGUGAUGGCCUUCAAGCCUAGGAGACACAUGCCAUCUUCCAGGUCUACCUUUCCUUCGGAGCUCUUCCCAGGCCACACCUCUCAAUUUGCAUCCAAAAUUUGUCCUUGAACUUUCAUCAUAAAGAGGGGAGGAAGAAGGUGCAUAGAAAUUAGGAUAAUGUGCAAAGGUAAAAUGGGCAUCCAUUGCCCCUCACACUUUUGCUUCUGACUCCACCCACUACUGGCAGAAGGUUGCACAGAGGGGGAUGAGGACCUCAGGCUGAAAACUAGGACCAGAGAGAGCUGGAUUCAAAUUCACACUUAGCUAUGGACAGUGGCGUAGCGAGGGUUGCCAGGACUCUGGGCUGUGCAGAGGGGGGCAGGUGGGUGGGAGGGAAAUGGAUGGAGUACACAUGCACUUUCCACUGCCUAAUGGCAUCCACAUCACCCAGAAGAGUCGUCCCAUUGUCUGGAAAGGUCACUUCCUGGUUCGCAUGGAGAAGCUGUUUUCAAUGGAGCCCAGCAAUGGAAGUGUGCAGUUCUAUUUAGGCUGCACUGUGUGUUGACGUUUUGUGCCUCUAACAAUUUUGUGCUUGGGGCAACUGCCCCUGCGCACCCCCAUGCUACACCACUGGCCAUGAAGCUUACUCUGAUCUUGGGUGAUGAAUCAAGGAUGAUGAUGAUCAAGUUAUCAUCUGCACAGACUUUUCAUGUAUUUGACCCAUGAAUCUUUCACUCUGUGUGGUUUUUUAACUUUUGGUGUCAUGUCAGCAUAGCACAUACAUGUGCCUCUCUGCAUUGCUCUCAGAGUGUUCCUUCAGAUGGAAACUGCACAUCAGACCUGACCCCUGGUGUCUCCAGUCCACUGCUGUGUGGGUUUUGAAAAAGGGGGUGGGGAUAAAAGUCCCAAAUAUGGUGGUUGCACUGCAGGCAAAGUGACUGUUCCCGUCUGUCCUCAGUGAAGCCCAGCACUUCUCUCUUAGCACCGCCUCUCUCUGCCUCCGUUUUGUUUGAGGAAACAAUUAACUGGGAAAAUAAGAAAUGCUUUGAGGAGCUCAGGCUGGAGAGAGUCGGCAGCUUCCAAAGCCAAGCCCUUAAUGAAAUCUGGAGCGCGCGAGGACACGGCUGUGCUGCUUCUGGAGGGACAUUGGGGUUGCCAGGCGCCGCAUCCCUGUGCGAUUAACUCUGAUGCACAUGUACUAAAAAGGAAUAUCUGAAUGACAUUAUGGAGCAAUUACAACUGCUUCAAUUGUGCUGGCUCCGGGUGUCCCCCUGGGGUUACAAGGAAGCAGGCUUUGGCAGAAAGGCAGCAUUCAGGGCAGUGAAAGCUCUCCAUUGUUCCCAUCGUGAAUGAAGGCUUACGGCCACUGAUUUGGCUGUGGAAUUCCAAAUCAGAAUAAGGAUCUCCCUUUGGGGCAAGAGCUGUUCCAAGAACUGGCUGGAAGGCAGGCAGGCAGGGAUUCCCCUGGGAUGCUGAAGAACUUGGGAAGUCUCUUUUCCUUUUCCUCUCUGUGAUUUUAUCUCAGGGUCAAGCAGCCACACCAAGAGCACAGGUACAGCAACUAGAAAGCUGCCUUAUAUCCAGUUAGGCCCUUGAGCUCAGUGUCGCCCAUACUCACCUGCCAGUGGCUCUCUAGGGUCUCAGGCAGGAAGUCUAGUCCCAGCCCCACCUGGAGAUGCCAGGGGUUGAAACUGGGACCUUCUGCACGCAAAGGAGAUGCUCUGCCACUGAGCUAUAGCCUUUCACUGCCUACCGUGGAAUAGAAAGGUCCAGGCAUGUAGGUAUGGUGUCAACAGGCCAGCCCUACCAUUAGGCAGAGUGAGGCCACUGCCUCGGGUGACAUAUGGAGGGGCACAGGAAUAAGGAGCUGCCUAAUGCUGGGUCAGAGCAUUGGUCCUUCUUGAUUGAUUUGAUCUAUUGUAUUUCUAUUCCGUUUUGCCUUCGAAUGAAUCCCAUAAAAAACAGUGAUACCAACAAUGGGGGAAUAAUGGUUGUUAAAAUUUAGCUGGAUUUAGCUGAGAUGGCGAAGUUGGCAUGUUUGAUCAGAGACUAGUCAUUGUCAAUAUUUACUAAAGAUUGAAAACCUCUUAUAGACUUUUUGCACGAAAAAGAAAAGGAACUUACGGUAUUUGGAUUUCAGGAUUGAAGGUAAUAUUGGUUUAUAGAAAGUGGCUUUGUUGGGUGUUACCUUGGAGGGGAUGUGCUGAACAAUUUUCUAUUUUUAGCUGACAGAUGAAGAAUCAGAAGUUCUCUUUUUAUUCUUUUAUUCUUUAUUCUUUAUCCUUUCUUCUUUUUCUUCUCCUUUACCUUCUCUUCUUCACUGUUUUUUUUAUUUAGGCUAGUUUUUUUUAGCCUUGACAAAAAGAUAUUUGAUCGUAAUCUUUGUAUUCUUUCUCAGAUUUCAAUAAAAUCUAUUUUUAAAAAAUAAUAAUAACAAAACAAUUACAGCCUCUAAAACACUAUUAGCAAACAAGCAACUAAAAAAAAUUAAGCUAAACACUAUUAUGUUGAUACACACACUCUCCCCCCACCACCGCCCAAUGACUCAUAAUCUUUUACUCUGUUCAGCCUGUUCAUUUCAUGGAAACACAGAAACACAUCUGCUGCACAAUGAGGGCCCUGCUCUAAUAUAAAUACCAACAGCAGAGGUGUACUUUAAGUUAUUAGUUAUUAAGUUGAACCUGUGCCCCAUCCUCCCAACAGGUGAUGUUUGAGGUAGUCAGCAAGAGCAGCACAAAAUCAGAAGAAAUGCAACAACCUCCUUGUCCUUGGGCUUCCUCGGCUGCUGGGGCCUCUGCUGCUGUUGCUGCUGUUGCCAAUAGCAAUGCAUGUCCAGCGGGUGGCAGCUGCAGAAGCUCAGGCUCGAUGACCUGGGUCAACACUAAGAGAUCUGGUGCCAGGCAGAGAAGCAGACUGGCAGUGGCACUCCAGAUUGUUAGAAAAGGAACUUUCUCCCAGCUCUACCUGGAAACGACAGGGAUUGAACUUGUGACCUUCUGCAUGCAAAUAUAAAUAUACCCACAGCAUAACUGGCUGUGUUUAACUAUAUAAUUCUUUAUACAUCAUAUAAACAUAACUCUCUUCACAUUAUCUAAUUGAGUAGAAGCAAUUAAGGACCAACAUUUAGAACAGGAAAUACAAAUAGAUCAGUUCUUAUAUACUUAAUGUCCAAAUAGAAGCUUUUGUGUUCCACAUAUGUACAAAUGAAUCCCUUUUUUUAAAUGUGAUGUCCAAAUAAAAACUUUUUGUGUUCCACAUUUGUCUUCGCGAAUACCAGUGUCAAACGUAAGAACUUUAAGGAGCAGUACUUGCAGAAGAUGAACUUUUCUUUGUAAUGUUCCACAUCUGCCUUUGCAGAUGUUGGUUGUUGUAUGCAGUUGCUGUAUGCAGGUAUCAGACGAAGGAUACGAAAGAUCUUAACAUGUGCCUUUGCAAAAUAGAGUUGUUGUAUGCCGGUGUCAGACGAAAAAAAUUAAACGUGACAUGGAUUCCCAGAAUAAUACCUUGUUUCGCCCUGCCGGUCUUCGUCAGCCGAGCAUGCUCAUAUUUUGUGUAUCAGAGACAUGGAACGAGUGACAUGGCGGAUACCAAAGCAGAUGCUCUAGCACUGAGAUAUGAAUAUAUGGGCGUAAGUCGAGCCUUCUGGAUGAGGCCCAAAGGGGCCCAUGUUUUGCAGCAUCUUGUUCUCCCAAUGGCCACCCAGGUUCCUGUGGGAAGCCCACAAGCAGGAUCGGAGUGCAAGAGCAACACCAUACCUUCCAACAUUUAUCUGAUGAAAAUAGGGAUGUCCUAUUUUUUAAUAAUAAUAAUAAUAAUGAUACCCCACCCAUCUGACUGGGUUGCCCCAGACACUCUGGUGGCUUCCAACAUAUAAAAAAUCAUAAUAAAACAUGGUGUGACUUUCCUUUUGUAUUUCCAUUAUCAAAGAAUUGUGAUCCGAAAAUGUUCUGGGAUUAAUUUCUUUUUUUUUUUUUACUUGAGGUUCCAACUCUUUGGAAAUCCAUAACGAUUCUAUUCUUGAACUGCUGUUAUAAACAUAAGAAUAAUAAGUGAACCAUUUGUCAAACAAAUGUAUUACUCUCCAUAUAUCUAUCAAAUUUAAAGUUUGAUCCAAUACAAAAAAAAAUUUGAUGAUCUGCCUUCUUUUGUACCUUUUUUUAUAGCUGAUCUGUCCUUUUCUAAUGAUGGAACUCCAUUUAAGUCUCCCAUUAAAAUCAUCUUUUGGUCCGUGUAUUCAAGUAAUUCUGUUUCCUUUUUUUAAAAAAAAACAACCCUGUUUUUUUCUCAUAUAUUCCCACCAACAUCACCUUCUCUCCUUGAAUUUUUAUUUGUAUUAUUCAGAUGUGUAGUUACUUAUCUCCUUAGCCCAGGGUUAUAUAACUCCAUACCUUUCAACAUUUCUGCAAUGAAAAGAGGGAGGUCCUAAGGAAAGCAGGGACAUUUUGGGAUCAAAUCAGAAACUGGGAUGGCUUCGGUAAAUCCAGGACUGUUCCUGGAAUAUAGGGACACUUGGAGGCAACACUCUCCCCUCCUACAAAAAGAUAACACAAGGAAAUCAAGAAGAAAUUACAGCAGUAUGUUAAACCAUGCAAAAGUUAAAAUACUAAAACAGCUUAAAAUUCCCUCAACUUCCUGUCUUUCUUGUUGUUGUUUAGUCGUUUAGUCGUGUCCGACUCUUCAUGACCCCAUGGUCCAGAGCACGCCAGGCACUUUUGUCUUCCACUGCCUCCUGCAGUUUGGUCAAACUCAUGCUGGUAGCUUCAAGAACGCUGUCCAACCAUCUCGUCCUCUGCCAUCCCCUUCUCCUUGUGCCCUCCAUCUUUUCAGGGAGUCUUCUCUUCUCAUGAGGUGGCCAAAGUAUUGGAGCCUCAGCUUCACGAUCUGUCCUUCCAGUGAGCACUCAGGGCUGAUUUCCUUAAGAAUGGAUACGUUUGAUCUUCUUGCAGUCCAUGGGACUCUCAAGAGUCUCCUCCAGCACCAUAAUUCAAAAGCAUCAAUUCUUCGGUGAUCAGCCUUCUUUAUGGUCCAGCUCUCACUUCCAUACAUCACUACUGGGAAAACCAUAGCUUUAACUAUACGGACCUUUGUUGGCAAGGUGAUGUCUCUGCCCUUUUAAGAUGCUGUCUAGGUUUGUCAUUGCUUUUCUCCCAAGAAGCAGGCAUCUUUUAAUUUCGUGACUGCUGUCACCAUCUGCAGUGAUCAUGGAGCCCAAGAAAGUAAAAUCUCUCACUGCCUCCAUUUCUUCCCCUUCUAUUUGCCAGGAGGUGAUGGGACCAGUGGCCAUGAUCUUCGUUUUUUGAUGUUGAGCUUCAGACCAUAUUUUGCGCUCUCCUCUUUCACCCUCAUUAAAAGGUUCUUUAAUUCCUCCUCACUUUCUGCCAUCAAGGUUGUGUCAUCUGCAUAUCUGAGGUUGUUGAUAUUUCUUCCGGCAAUCUUAAUUCCGGGCUUGGCUAAAUAAGGAUGUUUUUCGCAGGCACCGAGAAGCUCCUACCAUUUAUGCCAUCAUCACCCUGGUUGUGCCAGAAUGCGGAUGCUUCCUUGACCUACUUAUUAGGAGAAGAACCCCGAAUACCAGCCCAACCUCCUGCUUCCUGAGCAGGGCCCACUCGCCGCUUCAGAACAUCCUGGGCUUCCUUCCCUCCUCUAGCACAUUAUUUUUUCAAAGCAGCCUCUGCACUUCCUGGUUCCUGAGCUUGCUGAGAGCCAGAAUGCCAUGACUAACACUGUUCGUGCCCAGAAGUCUGCUGUAACAGAAGCCUCCUCUGCCAGCCUGCCGAAAAGCGGUCCAGCUCCGCAUCCUUCCUUUUCUCUCUUCCCCAGCAUGUUCUCUAGAAGUGGCUUCAUCUGCUAAAUAUAUGCUUAUUACAUUGCUACCCGACUUUUUCUUCCCAUCAUGAAAUUCAGAGUGAGCCUGCACACACUGGUUUACCUGCCCGCGAGAUCACCUUACCCCAUAUAUGCCCACUCAACCACUUUGAUUGGAGGAAAUGGCACUGUUACAGGUGCCACAGAACCUCAACUCCAAAGAUCAUGUAAGAACUCGAUCUUUCAGUAUGGUGGCAGCUACACUUUGGAACUCCAUGCCACUUGACAUCAUGGUGCUCUUUUCAGCACCUGCUAAAAACAUGGUUUUUUUGCAUAAUAAUAAUAAUAAUAAUAAUAAAUUUUAUUAGGCUUAGGCAAGCCUGUCCAGAUGUUUAGAAUCCGAUGCGAGUUUUGAUCUAUAUUUUUCAUCUAUUGUUAUUUUAACUUUGUGAAAGUUUUAAGUUAUCGUUAAUCUUUCUUAUUGGUAUUUUUAUUGUUCCAUCCUUUUUUGUAAACUGCUUUGGGGGGGAUGGUGUGGUUUUUUUACAGUCAAGCAGUGGAUAAAUGUUAUGAAAUAAGUAAGAUAAAUAAUAUAUACGACCCAAUCCUGAAUCUGAAUUGGGCCAAUUGGGGCUCUGGCUGAGUCAGGUUGAGGCAAUCCUGGAUCGCUCUGGGUUGGGUUGGAUUGGGGGCCCUGGAGCAAUCCAGGGAAUCCAGGUAGUGAGGGCACGGGGUGGAGAGAAAGAGAGUCAGGCAGCCUCUGUGAGCAACACUGGGCUGUUUGCACAAGGGCUUUUAAACAGCUCUGCACUGUGCUUUGGCUGCAAUCCCUUCACUCUGCCCCUGACCAAGGCUACCCCAAUCCAUGGUGCUGUUUGAGGCAAGUCAAGAGGGUGCUCCCUGCCAUUCCAACCUGGUAUAAUAAUAAUAAUAAUAAUAAUAAUAAUAAUAAUAAUAAUAAAUCUGUUAUUUGUACCCCGCCCAUCUGGCUGGGUUUCCCCAGCCACUCUGGGCGGCUUCCAACAAUAGAUUAAAAGUACUGUAUGUUAAAACAUCAGUCAUUAAAAACUUCCCUAAACACGGCUGUAAAUUAAUCUUGCUAUUAUGUUGGUGGUGGGAUAAUGUCUUACGACCUCCUGAGGACAGGCGGCUAGCUUAGGGUGUCUAAGGAAGGUCACAUGGCACCCAUGUGACUGGCACCCAACAUAUCUGCCGCCUGAAGCUGUUACCUCACCAAAGAGAACGAUAGGGACCGCAGCCCUCAUGAAGUAGUCACAGAAAAUAUACAGUGGUGCCUCGCAAGACGAAAUUAAUUCGUUCCGCGAGUUUUGUCGUCUUGCGAUUUUUUUCGUCUUGCGAAGCACGGUGUCGGGAAAGUUUUGGAAAAGCUUCAAAAAUCACCAAAGUCUUUAAAAACCUCAAAACAGGCUACCACACCGCAUUCUAUGAGUUGCUCCUCGAAGUCAAGUCGCAACUGUAUUAACGGUGUUAAGAAAAAGGAAACAAACUUGCAAGAUGUUUCUGUCUUGCAAAGCAAGCCCAUAGCGAAAAUCGUCUUGCGAAGCAGCUCAAAAAACAAAAAACCCUUUCGUCUAGCGAGUUUUUUGUCUUGCGAGGCAUUCGUCUUGCGAGGUACCACUGUAUGUGUUUGUCCAGUGAGAAAACAGCUAGUGCACUUAGUAGAGAGAAACCAAGGGAGAGAUCCUGAGGUUUUGCAGCAAAGCUGCAGGAGGAGCCUUGGCCAUUUAAGUCCUUUGUCGUGUCCCAAUCAUCAUAUGCUAUUGAAACGAUCUUCUUGUGCAAUCAAAUGUCCUGCUUUUGCUUGCCAAGAGGCAUGGUCAGUUCAUUGAUGCUUGUGCUUUUUGUUGAAACAUCAGGAACCUUUAAAAAUAUAAAAUACUACUACUACUAAUAAUAAUAAGGCUUGUUAAGCAAAUCAUUUUUCCAUGUCCUGAAGCAAUCAGGUAUGGAACAACCAUGAACUGCUUUUAAACUUGUUUAGAAAAGGAGGGAAGUUUAGAAAAGGAGGGAAGUGUGAGCAUCUAAGGCGGCUUAACAUUAAAUCCCUUCUUGUCCCUUCACCGAAUCCCCAUCACGACUCUCUCUCUCUCUCUCUCUCUCUCUCUCUCUCUCUCUCUCUCUCUCCCUCGUCUCUCCCCUUCCUCCAGGAAUGACUUGCCAGGCUCGGAGCUCCUACAUGGACAAGGAAGUGCUGUGGGGCCAUCGCUUCACUCCCGUUCUGACCCUGGAGAAGGACUUUUACGAGGUCGACUACAACUCGUUCCACAGCACCUACGAAACCAACACGCCAGAGUGCUGUGCCAAAGAGCUGGCAGAGUCGUUCCGGGAGGGGCACCUGCUGAGCCACCUGUCCAGUGCCAACCUCUUGGGGGGAGAGGAGUCGGAGAAGUCGAAAGAGGAAGAGGGGGAGGAAGAGGGGGUCGUCCAGGAGAAGGACGGGAGCAAAGAGGAAGGCCAGGAGCCAGCUGAGUUGAAUGGAGCCAACGGAAUGGCAGGGGAGCUGAAGGACAGCAUGUCCUUAUAACACAGAUUUGGGUCGAACUAUUGAAAAUUCAGGUGCAUCUACCAGGGAAGGGGCCCAAGGAGAGCUGGGAAGGUGGACUUAAGACUAGAGGACCAUGCUCUCAUUUCCAGUUGUGUGACUGAACUCAGACGGGCCUGAACAUCUGUUUGGGCUUCUCCCUUCUUUCCUGCAAAAUGCAAUUACUACAGGGACUUACUCACCACUUUGAGAUCCAUGGACACCAACAAAUGUUCUAGACGAGAAGUAUUAUGAUUGUGAUGACCUUAACUAAUAGUGACGUUUCACAAGUGUGUGCUUUGAAUGCCUCCCUUCUGGCAGAGGGAGGGCAUGUAUUGUGGGGGGGGGCCCUCUUUGGGGAAUGGAAUGUAGCUGCAAAUCUUCUCCUUCAUUAAUUUGGUGGAUUGUAGACACUAAUUUGCUGAAUAAAAAGAGAGGAAUGGAGUGUGCGGGGGAUAGAGAUGCUUUCUAGAGACAGCCAAUAUGUGACUUUCCUUUUGAACUGAUUCAUAAG